GACGGGAAAGAGCGGGCUGGCCGAUCGUGCUCUCGCGAACGUUGGGGAGGGAGCUCGAGCAACAUUACUGAGGCGUCCGUCAGUUUGUGAAGUGUUCCCGAGGAGGCGUCACUGCAUUGAUUUUGCAGGAAGGAAGAUUUGCUCCUGGCCCAGUAAAACGCACUCCAGUGAGCUGAAUGUGUUCGUCUGGGCUUGAUCCUUCCAACUUGCUGCCUGAAAUUUGUAGCUCCCAAAGAAUUCAGGUCCUGUUGUGGGAGAGAACAUGUCAAACGACACUUACGUCAAGGAUAUCAAAGCUGGUUUGAAAAACCUGAACCUCCUGUUCAUUGUCCUGGAAAUAGGACGAGUGACCAAAACAAAAGACGGGCAUGAAGUCAGGACGUGUAAGGUGGCAGAUAAAACCGGCAGCAUCAAUAUAUCGGUGUGGGAUGAUGUGGGAAGUCUGAUUCAGGCUGGAGAUAUCAUCCGAUUAACCAGAGGGUAUGCCUCAAUUUGGAAAGGAUGUCUGACGCUCUACACGGGGAGAGGCGGAGACCUUCAGAAAGUCGGAGAGUUUUGUAUGCAGUAUUCGGAAGUGCCGAAUUUCAGUGACCCCAACCCUGAGUACAUGUCCCAGGCAUCUUCGCAAAACAAGCCUACCCUGACUGAACAAGGUAGCUCUUCUACGGCUGGCCUGGUGACGUCUUUGCCCUCUGUGACGACAGGUAACGAUAGCCUGAAUGCUGCCGGGUCGGUUGGAGUUCCCCUCGGUGCAGUGAAUCACGUACUGCCCGGAGGAGGAAGAGGGAACGGGCGUGGGCCAGGAGGUAACCAAGCUGUGAACGUGUCAGGACCUGCAUUAACACACUCCUCCACCAGCAGCACCCCCAGCCUGAGCAACGGGAGGGAUCAGAGACGUGUGCCAAAGCGAUGAGCGUUCUUCUCUUCCCCAUCUCCCGGCACGUUCCAACUUUGUGAAGCUCCCUCCCAAAACUCCGUGGGGAAAUGCUAUCUAAGUGGGAUUGGUUCUUUAAUCCUCAUGCUCGUUCGCUCAUUCUCUCUCAUUCUUUUUCUUUCUCUCUCUCUCUCUCUCUC